AUGCCUCGCUCACUGCUUCAGCCAUACAGGUUACAGGUGACAGGGUUUCUUGAGGAGUUUGACCAUUACUCUUCCCUGGCGAAACUCAUGGCCAUCUACCGUGCAACUAACAGGACCAUCUUCAAUUGGACAGAGAGCCGCAUUGUUGAGUGGGAGAAAUUUGCUGAGCUGGCUAAAUAUGAGCCAGAAUCCCAGAAACCAACAGUGAAAGCACUCCUAAUUGUGGCAUACUCGGUCAUUAUCAUCAUGUCUCUCUUUGGGAAUAUGCUGGUGUGCCACGUGGUGCUGAAGAACAAGAGGAUGCACUCAGCCACCAGCCUCUUCAUUGUCAACCUGGCAGUGUCAGACAUCAUGAUCACACUGCUCAACACACCUUUCACUUUGGUCCGGUUUGUGAACAGCACGUGGAUUUUUGGGAAGGCCAUGUGCCACAUCAGCCGCUUUGUGCAGUACUGCUCCCUCCACGUGUCCACGCUGACCCUGACGGCCAUCGCCCUGGACAGGCACCAGGUCAUCCUGAACCCACUGAAGCAGAGGAUGUCCCUGACAAAGGGAGCUCUAAGCAUCUCUGUUAUCUGGCUGAUGGCAACCUGUUUCUCCCUGCCCCAUGCUGUCUAUCAAAAGCUUUUCCAGUAUAACUACAGGGAAGCCACUGUCCGGAGUCUGUGCCUCCCUGAUUUCCCCGAGCCUGCGGAGUUGGUCUGGAAGUAUCUGGACCUGUCUACCUUUCUCCUUCUUUACCUCCUGCCUCUGCUGAUCAUCACCAUCACCUACAUGCGUCUGGCCAAGAAGCUGUGGCUCCGCAAUGCCAUCGGGGACAUCACCACACAGCAGUAUGUCACUCACCACAGGAACAAGAAGAAGAGCAUCAAGAUGCUGAUGCUGGUGGUGGUGGUCUUUGCAGUCUGCUGGUUCCCCCUGAAUUGCUACGUGGUGCUCAUCUCCAGUAUGGGCAUCAAGACAAAGAACUCGCUCUAUUUUGCCCUUCACUGGUUUGCCAUGAGCAGCACCUGCUACAACCCCUUCAUCUACUGCUGGCUGAACGAGAGCUUCCGUGCAGGGCUCCGCUCCCUGCUCUGCAUCUGCCAGAAGGUGCCACGGGCUCAGGACCAGGCACUGCCUCCCAGGGCCAUGUCCUGCCAUGAGGCGUGGCUGGAGCAGGCCAGGUGCAGGAAGGGACCUGCCUCCCAGGCCAGCUGCUCCACUGGGAACCUCCCGAUGGCCAACACGGACCUGUGA